GACAGGGCCCGGGGGCGGGGGAGCGGAAACACCGACCCUUCAACCCCCAAGGGAGCUCGGAGGCUCACACUGCCAGGCACCCUACAUCAAGGACGGGCUGAUGAUGGCAGGCGGGGAUCUGGGUCCUGGGCCCUCUUGUCGGAAGUGGCAAGAAGUGGGGAGAAGAGCUGGAACCUCCCUUCACAAUAUGACUUUUGAAUCCCACCACCACCAGGGGACUUUGUACAGCUGCCUGUGCCUGUCAUUCAGCAGCUCUACCACUGGGACUGUGGCCUCGCCUGCUCCAGGAUGGUACUGCGGUACCUAGGCCAGCUGGACGACGGAGAGUUUGAAAGCGCCUUGCGGGAGCUGCGGCUGACCAGGAGCAUCUGGACCAUCGACCUGGCCUACCUGAUGCGCCAUUUUGGCGUGAGGCAUCGCUUUUGUACCCAGACGCUGGGCGUUGACAAGGGCUACAGGAACCAGUCCUUCUAUAGGAAGCACUUUGACACAGAGGAGACCCGGGUGAACCAGCUGUUUGCACAAGCCAAGGCCUGCAAGGUGCUAGUGGAGAAAUGCACGGUGAGCAUCCAGGACAUCCAGGUGCACCUGGCUCAGGGCCAUGUCGCCAUUGUGCUGGUGAACUCAGGGGUGCUGCACUGCGACCUGUGCUCCAGCCCCGUCAAGUACUGCUGCUUCGCCCCCAACGGACAUCGCUGCUUCUGUCGGACCCCUGACUACCAGGGCCACUUCAUUGUGCUGCGGGGCUACAACAGGGCCACUGGCUGCAUCUUCUACAACAACCCAGCCUACGCGGACCGAAUGUGCAGCACCAGUAUCGGUAACUUUGAGGAAGCCAGAACCAGCUAUGGCACGGAUGAGGACAUCCUCUUUGUCUAUCUGGAUAGCUGACAUCAGGACCUGUUGUGCCCAGGUCCUCCCACCGCACGCUCUACCCCUGCCAGGCCCACUCAGGACACCCAGGCCUGGGGCUGCUGGGACUUGGAGCCUUAGGCUGUCUGACAAAGUGCCCCGGAAUUCUGGGAAACUGGCACACCUGUUUUGUCCGGCAGGGCUGUGUUGUCCUGCUGCUUACCCCAAGCACCUGUUGGCUGCUGGAGGCAUCUUCAGGCCGUUAGAUGGAAGCCUCGCUCAGGACAUCAAACCUGACUCCAGUCAGGCCCAGAGGAAGUGCAGGCCUAGGGGUGCCCUUGUUGCUUCCUAGAGAGAGACCCACAGCGAGGGGAGAGGCCUAAGUCGGUCACCCUCACAGACCUCAGGACUUGUCAGGGCAGCAUAUGUGGUUUAGAGGGUACGGAGGAACCUAACCCCCUGGGACCACGCUAAGCCCCGGCCUCCUGGAAGUGCUGCAGAGCUCCCUGUCCCCAUGGUGGAUGCCAUCACCACCGCCUCCUUCCUCUUCCCUCCCAGUGGGGGCACGUUUCAGUGACUGGUUACAAGGCCUCCGGCCCCUGUUGUGCAGCGUAGAUGCGCCUCAUAGCCACGCUGUUCGGCAGCGCCCUGGCCCCUGGGGAUGCCGGGGUCCCCGCAGCCUUCUGGGUACUCCGUUUCUAUAGGGUGGGGCCCUCGGUAGUGGCUGGGCCCAGUGGCCAGCAUCAGGGAGCUGCUUCAGGAAUAAACAGCUCUGCAGCCCCCUGGCCCCUCACUCACAAGGCCUGCUGACCCACCUAAAUCCUGACAGUGGAGGCCUCUGGAGUGGGGAGCCCCAAAGCCGUGAGCACGGGCAGCCUGCGGUCACCACCCCCACCCCUGGUUUUCACACCAAGACCUUUCACACAGAACACUGGGUCUCUUGUCCCUGAUGGACAUGAGCAGUGCCUGUCCAGGAUCGUACAGCACAUCCAAGGAGCACCGACUGGAGCUGGUUUCUUCGCCUUCUUGUUUUCUGGCAGAGGGGCAGUAGUGGUAGAGCAACAGUAUUUGUAUUUGUGGUACUGGAGAUUGAGCCCAGGGCCUUCACACUGAGCAGCGUCCCCAGCCCUUUUUUUAAAUUUUGA